AUGGAGUUCGAGAAACGAAAAGCGGCGACGCUGACGUCACUGAGGUCGGAAGAGACGGACAAGUCGCCGAAGGGCACGGUGGACACUCCGAUCAUACCUCUCCUCGACGUCAUCAACCGCCACCGCGACUACUUCACCACCAGCUCCUGCUCCGGCCGAAUCUCCAUCCUCUCUCAGCCCGCCGCCCGCCGCGUCUCCAAGAAGAAAGCCUCCGGCGGCGCGUGGCUCUACAUCUCUCACGACCCGGCCGAUCCCGACUCGGUCCUCGACCUCGUCUUCCGCCGCCGCUCCGAUCCGACUCGCAACGAGCUCCGAGACGACGACGACCACGACGACGUCGUUUUCAGAUUCGAGCCGCUGAUCGUCGCCGUCGAGUGCAGGGACGUGGCGGCGGCGCAGGUUCUGGUGUCGAAGGCCAUAGCGUCCGGGUUCAGAGAGUCCGGCAUUACGAGUUCAAAUAAGCGCGUGAUAAUCGCGAUUCGGUGCUCGAUACGAUUGGAGGUUCCGCUCGGGAGUAGCCGCGAGAUUAUGGUUUCUCGCGAGUAUUUGAGGUUCCUUGUGGGAGUGGCAAACGAGAAAUUCGAGGCCAACAGGAAGAGGACCGAUGCUUUUCUGGAGGCUCUGCAGAGUGAGAGUGGAGGAUUUGUGGCGGGGCCUCCGGCUGGUGGAAGUUACGACAAUGCCCUUCCCGUUGAGAGCUUUAUUUUGAGCAAAUGUGUGUUGCAGGACACGUUUCAGUGUUAAUGUGAAAGCAAAGUCUGAGUCUUUGAAACAUUGGCAGGGUUGAACGGAGCUCCCGGUUGCUCUAGUCUUUCUGUUGUUGAGAUAGAGGUUUCCGGGGAGUCUGAGGAGAAUCUUUACCUUUGGGGUCAUUCGGCUUGCGCGUUGGAGAACAAUGCGGAGAAUGGGGUUCUUGUGUUUGGUGGAUUUGGAGGCAUGGGGAGACAUGCGAGAAGAAAUCAGUCUUUGCUGGUGGAUCCAUUGUCUGGUGGUUUGAGAGUGAUUCGGGUGGGGAGUGGUCCUUCUUCGAGAUUAGGACACACGGCUUGUUUGGUUGGAGAUCGUGUGUUUGUUAUUGGAGGAAGGGCUGACCCUGAGAAAAUUUUGAGUGAUGUAUGGGUCCUUGAUAUACAGAAGAAUGAAUGGACGCUCGUGGAAUGUUCUGGUGACGUGUUUCCUCCCAGGCAUCGACAUGCUGCGGCCGUUGUAGGAUCAAAGUUAUAUGUGUUUGGUGGGCUUAACAAUGAUGCAGUCACUUCUUCCUUGCAUGUACUGGAUACAGAUAAUAUGCAGUGGACAGAGAUACAUGUCAGUGAGGAAGGUCCUUGUGGCCGACAUUCUCACUCAAUGGUAGCAUCGGGAUCUCAGCUAUAUAUCUUUGGAGGGUAUGAUGGUGAGCAAGCACUUGGAGACUUGUACAGGUUUGAUACCCAAACAUCUAAAUGUAGAUGGAAAAAAGUUAAGUCGUCUGGGAGAAGUCCCCAUGCAAGGUUCUCGCACUCCAUGUUUGUGUACAAAAAUCAUCUUGGAGUUAUUGGUGGUUGUCCAGUUAGACAACAUUGCCAAGAGUUGGCAAUUCUUGAUUUACGACUGUGCAUGUGGAGGCAUGUAAAACUGGAAUCCACUGGUGAAGAUUUGUUUAUACGUAGCACUGCCAAUGUUGUUGGUGAUGAACUUGUUAUGAUUGGUGGCGGGGCAUCUUGUUAUGCAUUUGGUACAAAGUUCAGUAAGCCAAUGAAAAUCAAUUUACUUCCCCUGAAGCUUAGAGAUGAUAACUUUAAACCAGUUGUUAGAGAAGUGCAUACUGACCAAAUCGAUAUCAUGAAGAGUGAAAAGAGAAGACAAGAACAGGUUCAGAGUUCAAAAACAUUAACCGGAGCUCCUGACCUAAAUUUUAAGAGUGAACCCACAGCUGAUGGCAUAGGUCAACAUGCGGAUGCAUAUUGGGUUCUGAAACUUGAAAAGAAGUAUGCGAAAAUAGGGAAGGACAUACUGAAGAAGUUUGGGUGGUUGGAUCUUGCAAGGAAGGUUUACUCUGUUGAAGGUGGUUUACAUAUUUGUUUCCCUGUGAGCGCAAAGUUUUCUGAUGUACUGAAAGAAAAUCAGCAUAAUAUGGUAAAUUUAUUUGAAGGACAGAGUGAUCACAUUCAUAAACCAGCUAUAGGAGCAAAAUGUUUAAUUGAUGAGCUCACCUGUUCAAAAGCCUUGGACAUUUUAAAGGAAUGUGGUGCCACUAUGCUGGUAGAUGAAGUUGUUGAAAUUAAAAAAACAGCCAAGUCUCCCUUGAAAAUAAUGAGUGAAGCCGUGGCGUCUCUGCUAAAGGAUAAAGACCUACCAGCAGGAUUGUUGGAGGAGCUGCCAACAAGAUGGGAGCGACUUGGAGAUAUUGUUGUGCUUCCAGUGACAUCAUUCAAGAAUCCAUUAUGGGACUCAAUUGCUGAGGAGCUUUGGCCUGUUAUUGCCAAAUCAGUAAAUGCUGCUCGCCUUGCUCGUCAAGGCCGAGUUGCAUCAAAUGGUACAAGGGACAGUACUUUGGAGAUUCUGAUAGGAGAUAAUGGCUGGGUUGAUCAUCGUGAAAAUGGAAUUGUCUAUUCUUUUGAUGCUACUAAGUGCAUGUUCUCCUGGGGUAACCUCUCUGAGAAGCUCCGCAUGGGCUCUUUGGAUUGUAGGGAUGAGAUUGUGGUGGAUUUAUUUGCUGGAAUUGGAUAUUUUGUGCUGCCAUUUCUUGUCAGGGCCAAGGCAAAACUAGUUUAUGCUUGUGAAUGGAAUCCUCAUGCUGUCGAGGCACUGCGGAGAAACGUACAAGCCAAUUCUGUCAGUGAUCGAUGCAUCAUUCUUGAAGGAGAUAACCGAACAACUGCACCUCAAGGAGUGGCUGAUCGGGUAUGCCUUGGUCUCAUUCCGUCAAGUGAAUUGAGCUGGGCCACCGCUGUUAGGGCAUUAAGGGGUGAGGGUGGAAUGCUACAUGUGCAUGGGAAUGUGGUGGACUCGGAGGAGAAUUUGUGGACUAAACAUAUAUCGGAAUCCAUAGCUGAAGCUGCCAGAUCUCAAGGUCAUUUCUGGGAAGUUUCAAUAGAACAUUUGGAGAGAGUGAAAUGGUACGCCCCACACAUCCGUCACGUCGUAGUAGAUGUAAGAUGUAGACAGGCCCAGAAAUAAUAAACAGGCACCGGUGCUGGUCCAGUUGAAGGCAAUAAAUGAUUCAGGACCCAUCAAUUUUUAAGGGAUCCCACAAUGCAGUAGGUAAGCUGGCUUGGACUUGAUUGGCAAUAUCAGAUGAUUGUUUGGUUUCUGGGUACGAAAUAGAACCCUUAAUGAAAAUCGACACUAGCUGAAAGCAUUGUAUGAUUUGUAUCAAAUGGCACCGUAUUUCCUGUAAUUUUAGACUACUGCUUAGGUGCUUACUGAUUCAUAAACCCCAUUAGUUUUUGUUUUGGUCAUAUUAUUGAUUCAUUGAGACCUCAUCAUUGACAUGCUGUAUGUGUGUUUAUAGUCGUAAUCGUAUACACAACUGAUAGAUGCAUAUAUACUUGUGGUUAGAGAUAUCUUUUCGGGUUCUUUUCAUGUGUUGCGAGUACGAAUCGCUAUCUACCGAUAUUUUUCUAAAUAUAGGUCGGUCGGAGUUGCCAAAGUCUAAACAAUAUCCUUAUAGAACAGACAAUGUGGAGCCUUCGUUAAUUGCUAAUCACUGGAGACACAAUUGCAACAAUAAUGUAAUCUACAAUCCAAACAUUUUGCCCAGAUUUUAUAUGCACAUGCCACAUGGUAGGAAGCGUGAUAGUAACAUAGAGCAGUAGCCAUCAACAAUUUCUUUAUGCACCAAAAUAUAGACACAAUAUAA